AUGGCGUCCAAUUCCAUGGACCACGCACAAAGGAGCAGCCCAAUGGGCCCUCCCAAGUACCCUGCCUCAAAGGUCUACAACAACCAUCCUCACUUGAUGUCGCCUCCAGAUCACGUUCAAGAUAGUUUCCAUCACAGUCAAUACGAUACCGGAAAGUCAACAUCCUCUCAGACUGAUCGCGAGAAGCAACAACCAAUGCCAAUGUCUCCUCCAAUUUCUCCUUACAACCGUCCCGUCUCGACCGCAGAGGCUCCAACUGGGCCCUCUAAUGCAAUCAAGGACCCCCUUCUUUAUCCUGUCGACGAAGUACCGUCCAGCCCUGCUCAGCAGCCUCUCUUCGCCAACACUGAGUUUGAGCAAGACCAUGAUAAAAUCAUUGAUCAACAUAUUCGUGCUCGCUCUCAGUCCCCCGCAGCAUUUGGCAUGACUGCACCGCCGAAUCGUGAGCAUUAUCGUCUGGUUCUUUCCUUCAAAUCCCAAGUCAUGAGACACUAUCGACAAGAUCCCCUGGGCUGGCUCCGGCAGGAACGGCGCUACCUCCAAGAGGACCAAGCCGCUCGCAAUGCUCAUGGCAAACGUUUCCCAACGAUCAUGCCUGCCAAAACCUCAAAGGCACCUCGACAGCGCGGCGACCGGGUCCAGAAGCCCCAUUCCACCCCGCGGCCGAUCCGUACCCACCUUCCCGCUGGCCCCAGCCCUGGCGCCGGCAUCGUGCGACCAGCUCGUCGUGUUAGUGUCACUCCUGAGCCUCGUCGUGUCGUUCCUCCCAAUCGUGAGGAUAAGGACUUUGCCUCGCUGGAAAAUUACUGCCCACCUCUUGAUUCAUUGCCAAACAAACCCAAUAGUCUCAAGGUGGAGUGGAAGGGUCAGCCACUUGAUCUCAGCAACGAUCCUAACAAGAUACACCUUCAUCCAGAUGAAGUGUCCCUAGCAAGCAGUCUGCGCUUAGAUGCUGCCACCUACUUGACCAGCAAGAGACGUAUCUUCAUGUCACGGCUUGAAUGCUACCGUCGGAAGAAAGAGUUCCGCAAGACAGAUGCCCAACAGGCUUGUAAGAUUGACGUGAACAAAGCAUCCAAGCUGUGGACUGCUUUUGAAAAGGUCGGCUGGCUCAACCCGAAGUGGAUGGAACAGUACCUGUGA